AUGACUGGCGAUAAAUAUUUGGACGGUGGUUUGGCGGCCCUGCAAAAAUGCUAUAAAUCCUUCUUUGACAAGCUUUCCGACAAGAUGGGAAGCGCUGAAAAUGUGUCUGGGACAUACGACGAUGGUGGUAGUCAUAUUUACUUAGUUUGGUCGGUUGCCGUGUAUGCCGAGGCAAUGGCAGAUUCUCUCAAGUUUACAAACAAGUAUGAAAAGAAAUUUGAAAAUGUGUUUCAAUGUUUAAAGAAAUACUGGUCUCCAGAGUACAAUGCAUGUUGCGCUAGUUACUAUUUCCAAGGAAAUAGUGAUGUCUACUUUGACGAUAAUGCCCAAGUAGCCAUUGCUCUCGCCACCGCCGGGUACUAUACUUCGAAUAGCUCUCGGAAAAAGCAAUACAUCGACAGAGCCGAAGCCAUUAUUGCCUUCAUCAUCAACAAAGGUUGGAACCAGCAAAAGGGCGGUGUCGCUUGGCACGUCAAUUCUGGUAGUCCUCCUCAUGCCAAUUUAAACGCUUGUUCCACUGCCAUGUCCUCUCUCGGCGCUUUGCGACUUGCUUAUGCCGUAGAUGACCCAAAGAAAAAACAGCAGCUUGUUAGUUUCGCUUGGAACUGUGUCCAGUGGAUUGAGGAUAAUCUGGUCGAUAACACGGGUCUCGUUUGUGAUGGUCUUAACUUGAACGACGGCAAUUGGGGUCUUGACUCGACCAAGUUUACUUACAACACCGGUGCUACUUUGGCUACUAUGGCUUUGCUCCUCGGAUUCAAUGACAUUAUCAAGGGCCUUCCCAAUAUUGACAAGAUCCAUUCUUACUUGGAAAACAUGGCAUCCGCCGCUCUUAACACAAGUGGUGAUAUGUAUGAUCAAUCCUGCAAGACCGAUUUUAAGGUUUGGAAAGAUAAUACUUUUUUUGCCCAACACCUUUCUGAGGGUUUAAUGGGUUUUUCUUUUGCCAUGCCUAAUUCUUCUCUCGCCAAGCCUGCUCAGCAAAUGGUUUUCGAACAAGCAGACUUUGUCAUGAACUAUGUUCGCGAUUCUAAGGACGGUCUCUAUUUCCGUGAUUUGAAUAUAUAUAAAAUUAGCCCAGACUUGACAAAUACUUUUAACAAAAUCUUCCAUGCUAAUCAGCAGUUUCAACCUGACAAGGACGAACGAGAACAAGGAAAUGGCCCCGUUGAAAAACUACCCCUCUGUAAGUCUUUGAUUGGAAGCUCUGGUGCUGUUCGAAUGCUCUUUCCCGCUGCUGAAAUUAUAGUCCGUAAAGAUAAUCCUCAGAGUGGUCCUAUUUUAGGAGGAAGACCUGCGAGUGGCCAGAAAAACAAGGGCUGUUUUAUAUGCUAA